AUGGGCUCGAUUUUAGAAUCCCUUUAUCUUGGAAAACCCUUAUUGUGCAUGCCGUUCAAUAUGGAUCAAUUUGCUAAUGCAAUGAUCGUCGUUAAUAGAGGCAUUGGACAAUCAUUAUUUGUACCACCUUCUGCAUUCCAAUCCUUGAUAAAUCCUUAUGACUUUACUAAAUACACAUUUACACCUGACAGCGUCAAAACCAAGGCAUUAAUAUUGUGGAUGGAUGCAACAUACGAAAAGACAGUCACACAAAUGUCAUUAGAAAUGAAACAUGCCGGAGGUUUACAACGAGCAGUAGAAGAAAUUGAAUUCUUUGUCAAAUUAGAUGGCAAUCUAGAUCGAUUCGUACCAUUUCAAAGUACACUAUCGUUUUAUCAAAGAUCUAUGUUUGAUCUACUUCUGAUAUUUAUUAUUUUACCUGGAGCAACGAUGGUAUAUAUAAUACGUGCAUGCUGCAAACGACAACGACAACGACAGAAAAAGAAAACAGAUUAA